AUGAAGCAGUUUAAGAGGUACAUCGACAAGGACGGAGCGGGCCAGCGUGUGCACACGACACUCUCAGUCUGCGUUGAGACCGUCGAUUUCGAUGGUGUUGCUUGUAUUUUGCAUUUGAAAGGUAAAAGUGUUGCCGAGAAUGAGUAUGUCAAAAAGGGACAGUACCACACUCUGGAUAUCGCUGUCGGCAGGAAGUUCCAGCUUUCAAAGCAGUGCUGGGACUCAAUUGACCUGGAUCGCCUAAAUCUGGCCCUUGAUGUAUGCUUUAAUAUGGUUUUGCACAAUAAAAUCCAAUACUUUUUUGAUAAAAAUGAGGGCAAAGGUGCAUUCUGA